UCUUGACGCGGCUCGGAGUAGGAAUUUCGGGGGAGCACAAUUUUUAAAACCGACCGGAGCCACCCAUAGCCGGCUGAAACGGGAUUUUUUCUGUCGAAAAUCGAAGACGAGAUUCUUCCGCAGAGAAUGAGGCCAAACAUGUGAGGGUUGCGGGGGUUUUUACCGUCCUGAAAGGCCACUGUAUAUUUGAUUUCCCUUUCAGAGAGCGCCGCUGGUUGUCGCCGUAUCUCCGUCCAUGGAACGCUGUAUUUGCUGGGGAGACAGCGACGAGAAAAAAUAUCCGCCUCAUAGAAAAUAUUUUCUGAAUUUUCCUUUUUUUAUUUAAGCAAAAAUCGGAUUUUAUCGCCGCUUAUUUCGACUGCUAAAAAAUGAUUCUGUACGUGGGUGAAACCGGCCAUCUGCGAGCUAAGGGAUUCGCCUGUACGCCGUGUAAUAUUUUAUAAUUGUUUUUUAUUUAUUUUGCUCGAACUAAAAUAAUUUUUUGAACGCGGUAAUUGGGGAUAAUUAUGUGGGUGUUGGGUGUUGGAUUAUCAUGGGGUGAUCUUCGGUUGCGAAGCGUGGCGCUGUAGCCCUUCUUUUCAAAUCCGUCUUCUCCGGGCAGCAUUUCGCCACUCUGCCAGUCAAGAAAAAAAUAAACUACUAACGUCGCUUCUUCGCACGCAACAUUGGAAGAGGAAAAAGAAAAAAAGUUACGUAUUAUUACAAACCAGAGACUCAAGGUUCGGUUUGACCCGGCUGUUAUUUUUCCCGGCAUCAACAUCCAUUGACCAUUUUCGCCGAGCAGGAUGGCUGACAAUCUGCUGGAUGCGGGACCCCCCACUGCAAAGCGACCCAAGAUUAAUUCGCCCAUACCGGGAUCCGACGGCCCAGAUCUUGUAUCGUUACUCGAUCUGGAAAACAAUCUUCCUGAUGAGCUUAUCCUCAAUGGAGACUUGGGAAAUGGGCCGUCUGCUAAUUGUGGUCCAAGUGGCGUGCCACCUGGUCACAACUCAGCUAUGCCUGAUGCCGCCUCCAAACACAAGCAACUUUCGGAGCUCCUGCGACCCGGAAUCACAUCUAUUCUUGGGGGUGCGCGCAAUUCUGGCAGUCCCCAACAGGGAGGCAUGGUGCCGAGCCAGCUGGGUGCAGUGCUGGGCAAAGGGCCUCUGGGCCAGGGUUCGCCCAAUCACCAGUCGCCCCAAGGCCAGAAAGGUGUUUCCACUGGACAAGGAAAUGGAGUCCUGGGCUUUAACCAGACGAUGUUGAACGUUGGUCAGGGUCAUGGUGUUAUGGGCCCAGGGGGACAGGUCAUGAAUGGUGCUAUGGGACCAGCAGGCCGAGGGAGACCUGGGCCUGGCAUGCAGUACCAAGGCCAAGCAACACAAGGAGGCACUGGACCUGGUGUUGGAGGAAGUGUGCUGGCAGAGACUCUGACCCAAGGAGGACCUCAGGUUGGUGCAUCGCACACCAUGAAUACUCUACAAGCUGGAAACAUGAACAAGAUGAUGUCAGGAGCUACGUUCGGCCAGCAGUAUGGCCAGGUCGGGGUGCAGCAGGUGGGGACAGCAGGGGUCAAUGCCCAACAACUCCAGAACAAGUCGGCCCUUCCUAACAACCUGCCCCCAUUCCCUGCUGACUUAAAGGGAGCUGGGAAUGUGCCAAACAUGGCCCAGAUGCAGCAGCAGGUAACAUCGAUGGGCAUGGUCCCGGGGGCCGGCGGCGUAUCUGGAGGGCCGACUGCUGACCCCGAGAAACGAAAACUCAUUCAGCAGCAGCUGGUCCUGCUGCUCCACGCGCACAAGUGCCAACGGCGGGAACAGGCCAAUGGAGAAGUGAGGGCCUGUACGCUGCCUCACUGCCGCACCAUGAAGAACGUACUCAACCACAUGACUCACUGCCAAGCUGGCAAGUCCUGCCAGGUGGCUCACUGUGCAUCAUCCAGACAGAUCAUCUCUCACUGGAAGAACUGUACGCGGCACGACUGCCCGGUCUGCUUGCCUUUAAAGAAUGCAAGUGACAAGAGAAAUCAGCAGCCCAUGUUGAGCUCUCCCGUACCCAGCCUGCAGAAUGCCAACAGUACAGUCGGACCCGGCCAGCCGAGCGCCACAGCCAUGAACAGCGCUCCCACACACAUUGACCCCAGCUCUAUGCAGAGGGCCUAUGCAGCUCUGGGCCUCCCAUAUGGGAACCAUUCCCCUGCUCAGGUCCAGGGUCAGGGUCCAGCUCAGCAGAACCCCCAGGCACACCAGCAGCUACGAAAUAUGAACCAACUCGGCACUAGUCAGAUGAACCAGAUGGCAGGAGGCCUGGGUAGCCAUUCCUCGGAUCAGACGGGCUUGCUCUCCGACUCAUCGCUCCCCUCUUCACUCAACAACAGGCAGCUGCUGCCAGAUGGAUCAGAGGUAGAAGGUAUGGGAAACCUCCCCGCUGCCACCCCUCUCUCUGCUACAGGGGUAAGAAAGGCCUGGCAUGAACAUGUCACUCAGGGCCUGCGCUCCCAUCUGGUGCACAAACUAGUACAAGCCAUAUUCCCAACCCCAGACCCUGCAGCUCUGAAGGACAGGCGAAUGGAGAACUUAGUGGCUUACGCACGCAAAGUUGAGGGAGACAUGUAUGAGUCAGCAAACAGCAGGGAUGAGUAUUACCACUUCCUAGCAGAAAAAAUUUAUAAGAUCCAGAAGGAGCUAGAGGAGAAGAGACGCUCGCGUCUGCAAAAACAGCCCAUCAUGGUGGGCGCGCCGGGACCCCAGCAGUCUGGUAUGGCUCAGCCCAACAGCAUGGGCCCUACACAGCCCGUUCGACCUCCGAAUGGACCUUCAACAAUGCCCAACAUGCCAAAUCAGAUGAUGAACCGUAUGCAGGUGGAUCAAGGAAUCAGUCAGUUUAACCCUAUGGUGAUGCAGAAUGCACAGAUGCCUCAGGCACCCAUGGGAGCGAGGGCUCCUUCCCCAAUGAGCCAUUCGCAGCAGAUGAACAUGAACUCCGUGCUGGGCAUGUCUCCAUCCAGGAUGCCCCUGAACCAAGGCAUGAUGGGUAAUCAUGCUAAUAGCAUGUCUCAACCAGCCCCCCAAGGCCAGUACCUGCAGCAGGGUCAGUAUCCUGGUGCUGCAGGUGGAGCCAUGAAUGUGAAUAUGGGCAUGGGUCAGACUAUUCCACAGGCUGCCGUCACACAGCAACAACAAACCUCUAACCUCCCUCUGAAUGCACUGGGCUCUCAGUUGCCCUCUGGACCCUCCAACCAACCCGCCCGGGGCACGCCCCCUCCACCCAGCAUCAGCCAGCAGCAGCAGCAGCAUGCUCCCACACAGGCCCAGGUGCCGCCGCAGCCCUCCACUCCUGGCUCUGCAGUAGGACCCCCGUCCACCCCAACCCACAUUCCAAGUAGCCUUCCUCGCCCCCCUGCAGCUUUGAGCACUCCCCCUGACCCCUCCCAGCCUCUGACACCCCUGCAGCCUCCCUCUGAGCCCCCCAGCCAGGUGCAGCAGCCCACCUCUGUGCAGCCUCAGCACCCUAGUACACCGUUGUCCCAGGCUGCUGCUGGUAUCGAUAACAGAGUACCCACUCCUGGCUCUGUGGCUGAACUGAGCUCCCAGCAGGCCCUGCCUGACACGAGCAGCUCUGAGGUCAAAUCCGAAGUCAAAGAGGAGGAAGAAGAGGAAGAGGAGGACAGCAAGUCUGGGAAAAAGCAAAAUGAUGUAAAGAUGGAACAGGACGAUGAAACCAAACCCUCCCUGGUGAAGAAGGAGGAAACGGAUGCAGCAGAACCAAAGCAGGAACCGAUGGAGACAGACGAGAAGAAGCCAGAGGUAAAGGUGGAACCCAAAGAAGAGGAGGACGGUGCGUCCAACAGCACAUCAGCCACUUCCACUGCUCAGAACCGCAAGAAAAUUUUCAAGCCAGAGGAGCUGAGACAAGCACUGAUGCCCACUCUUGAGGCCCUCUACAGACAAGACCCUGAGUCCCUACCCUUCAGGCAACCUGUAGACCCCAUGGUGCUCGGCAUUCCUGACUACUUUGACAUAGUGAAGAACCCCAUCGACUUAUCCACCAUCAAACGUAAGCUGGACACGGGUCAGUACCAGGAGCCAUGGCAGUACGUGGACGACAUCUGGCUCAUGUUCAACAACGCCUGGCUGUACAACCGCAAAACGUCACGCGUCUACAAGUACUGCACCAAGCUGGCUGAGGUGUUUGAAGCAGAGAUUGAUCCAGUCAUGCAAGUUCUGGGCUACUGCUGUGGCAGGAAGUACGAGUUUUCACCUCAGACGCUUUGUUGCUACGGCAAACAGUUGUGUACCAUCUCCAGAGACAGCACCUACUACAGCUACCAGAACAGUUCACCCAAAUAUGGCCUUAUUGCCGACAGGUAUCACUAUUGUGAGAAGUGCUUCAAUGAGAUCCAGGGCAACAGUGUUAACCUGGGGGACGACCCGGCACAACCGCAGACGAAAAUAUCUAAAGAUCAGUUUGAAAAGAAGAAAAAUGAUACGUUGGACCCGGAACCGUUUGUUGAAUGUAAAGACUGUGGAAGAAAAAUGCAUCAGAUCUGUGUGCUGCACUACGAUGUCAUUUGGCCCUCUGGCUUCGUGUGUGAUAAUUGCCUGAGAAAAUUUGGAAAAACAAGGAAGGAGAACAAGUUCUCCGCAAAAAGGUUGCAGACUACAAGGUUGGGGACGUACAUUGAAGACAGAGUAAACAAGUACUUAAAAAGACAGAACCACCCAGAAGCUGGUGAAGUGUUUGUGCGAGUAGUCGCCAGCUCCGAUAAAACUGUGGAUAUUAAGCCUGGCAUGAAGUCUAGGUUUGUAGACUCCGGUGAGAUGGUGGCGAGCUUCCCUUACAGAACCAAAGCACUUUUUGCAUUCGAGGAAAUCGACGGCGUUGACGUUUGUUUCUUCGGCAUGCAUGUACAAGAGUAUGGCUCAGAUUGCCCUUUUCCAAACACAAGACGGGUUUACAUAUCAUACCUCGACAGUGUUCACUUCUUCAAGCCACGUGUGCUAAGGACUGCAGUGUACCACGAGAUCUUGAUAGGCUACCUGGAGUAUGUGAGGAAACUUGGGUAUGUAAUGGGUCACAUUUGGGCCUGCCCGCCAAGUGAAGGAGAUGAUUAUAUUUUCCACUGCCACCCUCCGGAUCAGAAGAUCCCUAAACCCAAAAGGCUGCAGGAGUGGUACAGGAAGAUGCUUGACAAGGCGUUUGCAGAGAGGAUCAUUCAUGAUUACAAGGACAUUUUCAAGCAGGCAACAGAAGACAGACUGACCAGUGCCAACGAGUUGCCAUACUUUGAGGGCGACUUUUGGCCUAAUGUACUGGAGGAGAGCAUUAAGGAGCUGGAGCAGGAAGAGGAGGAGAGAAAGAAAGAGGAGAACACUGCCUCCUCUGAGACAACAGAGGGAGUCCAGGCUGACAGCAAGAAUGCCAAAAAGAAGAAUAAUAAGAAAACCAACAAGAACAAGAGCAGCGUCAGCCGAUCCAAUAAGAAGAAGCCUGGUAUGCCAAAUGUAGCCAAUGAUCUGUCUCAAAAACUCUACGCCACCAUGGAGAAACACAAAGAGGUGUUUUUUGUAAUUCACCUCCAUUCGGGGCCUGUCAUCAACACCCUCCCACCUAUCAUGGACCCUGACCCUCUGCUGACCUGUGACCUCAUGGACGGACGUGACGCCUUCCUGACUUUGGCCAGGGACAAGCACUGGGAGUUCAGCUCACUCAGAAGAUGCAAGUGGAGCUCCAUGUGCAUGCUGGUGGAGCUGCACAACCAGGGCCAGGACCGCUUUGUCUACACAUGCAACGAAUGCAAGCACCAUGUGGAGACUCGCUGGCACUGCACUGUUUGUGAGGACUACGACCUGUGCAUUAACUGCUACAACACUAAGGGCCACGAGCACCAGAUGGUGAAGUGGGGCCUGGGUAUCGACGAUGACAGCAACAGUCAGAGCGGCGAGGCCUCAAAGAGUCCUCAGGAGAGUCGGCGCCUCAGCAUCCAGCGCUGCAUCCAGUCUCUGGUGCACGCCUGUCAGUGCAGGAACGCCAACUGCUCGCUCGCAUCCUGCCAGAAGAUGAAGCGGGUGGUUCAGCACACUAAGGGCUGCAAGCGCAAGACCAAUGGUGGAUGCCCUGUGUGCAAGCAGCUGAUUGCUUUAUGCUGUUACCACGCCAAGCACUGUCAGGAGAACAAGUGUCCGGUUCCAUUCUGCCUCAACAUCAAGCAGAAGCUUCGUCAGCAGCAGUUGCAGCACAGGCUGCAGCAGGCCCAGAUGAUGCGCCGCAGAAUGGCCACCAUGGCUGGAAGAGGUAUGCCUAUGCCAUCUCCACCUACCUCAGCUGCUCCAGAAACCCCCACAUCUGUGCAGCAACCUAACACGCCCCAGACUCCGCAGCCCAUGCCUAACCACCCUCAGCAACAACAACAACCACCACCAAACCCCGGCAACAUGGGCCAAGGGUUCCCCAGCAACGGCCGCAGCAGUCAGCCCUCCACGCCUGUGCCGCAAGGUAAACCUGGGCCACAGUCAUCGCCGCUCCCUCAGCAGCUGUCCCCUAUGCCCAACAUGCCGCAUCAGCAGCAGGCUCCUCCUCCUCAACAGCCACAGCAUCAGCUGCUGGCAGCAAUGAAAGUGGCACAACAGAUUGAGAUGGCGGCAAAGGCAAAGCAGCAGCAGCAGCAGCAGCAGGGUUACACCAUGAACGGGAUGCCCAUGAACCAGUCGCGCAUGAUGAACCCCAUUCAGAACCAAAUGCAUAUGAUGCCGGGUUCCCGGGGUCCCCAGGUGAUGCAGGCUGUGUCGCAGGGUCAGUGGAGUGUAGGAAUGCAGAAUGCCCAAGGCCAUCAGCCACUGGUCCCUCCUCAACAAGGCCCCAUGCCCUCCCAGCAAGUUCAGGGAACCCCCAUGUCUCAGCAGUCCCCACUCAUGCAGAGGCCCAUGAUACCACAGCAGUCAGGUCCCCAAAUGCCUGGGGUCAUGCCUCCUCAGGGCCCCCCGCAACAGGGAAUGACACAGCAGCCGCAGCCAAACAUGCCCCGGGUAAUGCCUGGAAAUAUUACGCCAAGUGCCGUGCAGGAACUACUGCACACCCUCAAGUCUCCAAGCUCCCCACAGCAACAGCAGCAGGUGCUGACCAUCCUUAAGUCCAAUCCCCACCUCAUGGCGGCUUUCAUCAAACAGAGAGCGGCCAAGUACCAGGCCAACCAGGUGGUGCCGCCGCAGCAGCAGCAGCAGCAACAACAGCAGCAGCAGCAACAGGUCCAGCAGCAGAACCCUCAGGUCCUGCUGGGCUCCCAGCCUGGUAUGCAGGCCAUGGCAGCUAUGAACCAAAUGCAGAGGACCGGGAUGGCUCCACAGCAGCAGCAGCCUCCUCAGCUGGUGGGCCCCCAGGGCAUGCCCCCCAUGGGUCCUCAAGGCCAGAUGAUGAAUACGGCUCAAAACGGAAGCCCUCAGUACCACAGACAGCUGCAGCUCCGAAUGCAGCAGAUGCAGCAGCAGGGCGGCAUGCCUCAGGGCCACAGCCAGUUCCCCCCCCAGCAGCAGGGGCCCCCAGGCUUCUCCCAGCUCCGCGCGCAUCAGCAGAUGGCUAUGCAAGGGGGCUCUGGUGCGAUGGGGUCGGUUCCUCCCAUGUCACAGAUGGGCCAGCCCGGCAUGGGUAUGGAAGGGAUCCCGAACCACCUCAAGCAGCGCAUGCUUCAGCAUCAGAUGAUGAAGCAGCAGAUGGGUUCUCCCGGGCAGGCCAACCCGAUGAGUCCUCAACCUCAUCUGCUGCAGGGCCAAGGCCAGACCGGAGCUCAUCUACCUGGUCAGACCAUGGCCAACACCCUGGGAAAUCAGGUCCGCUCCCCGGCUCCGGUGCAGUCGCCCCGGCCGCCUUCACAACAAGCCCCCCAUUCCGGUUCCUCCCCACGGAUACAACCCCAGCCUUCGCCGCAGCACGGGGCUCUCCACUCCAGCUCCCCUCACCCGAGCCUCGGCCCCAUGUCGGGCUCUAUGGACCAGGGACACAUGGGAACGCCUGAGCAAAGCGCAAUGCUCCCACAGCUGAACACACCAAACCGAGGAGGGCUGAGCAACGACAUGAACAUGGUGGGCGACACGACAGGAGACACGCUAGAGAGGUUCGUUGAAGGAUUGUAGCAUUUUGAGACAGAAGAAAGGCCCGCUCCAGUUUUCCACUGAGAUUUUUCUAUUUACUAAUUUUAGAAAAAGUCUUUGGAGGCCUACGGACUGUGAACUUUCCUUACACCACAAACUCCUUUUUCUGAAAACAGAGUGAUUUAAUAAUUGCUGUUGAAAUGAAAACAAAGACAAAGAAUAUAUUUUUGGUUCAGACCAGCGUUGUAAGAAUUCGCCCUGGUCUUUGCUGGUUUAUUUUAUUUUUCUUUUAUGAUUUGCAAUUGACUUUUUAAAAAAUAUCAGAAAACAACAACAAAAAAAAAAUCCUUAUUUUGUACCUUUGCAGAUGAAUAUUGUAUUUGUGUUGCGAAGUCUGUAAAGUUGUCUGUGAAGUUUUUCGCCAGUUUCUCAGUUUUUCCUGUUCCUGGCUAAUUUAUUCUAAUAUGCCAUUUUUUUCAAAAGGACUGCCUUCAGGAAAGCCUUAAUUUCUUUCCUGCUUGCAGAGUCUAAAGGAGAUUAACGUAUUUGUAUAGAUCUAGGAUACCUAUUGCACACACAAACACAACAUGCUGGUGAAAGAGAAGCUUGCAUUGAAACUUGUUCACAGGUGCCAGAAUGUUCUUUUUACCUGGCCCAAUCCCAGUGAUUGUCUUGCAGAUUUUCAAACCUUGCUUUUGUCUGUUCUUUAUGCUAAAGAAAUUGUCAUUAAGUACUGAAGCUGUUUUGCCUGUGGUGGGAAAUAUGUAAUUGUUUGACUGCUGAUUUGUGUUCGGAGAGUUUUGUGCAGCAUUUUUCUCUCGCAUUAAACUUGAAUUGAUGAGGAACUAUUCUCUAAUGUAAAUCAAGCAGCUAGACAGUACUGUAAAUAUGCAGAAAAUGAGAAUGAAAUCACUGUAUAAACUGGUUCAAAUGGCUCAUUUCGUACUUAUAUACCUUAUUGUUAAAUAAACCUGUGUGCCACAGAA